CCUCGCAAGGGCGGGCGUCCCCCCCGGGAGCCAACACACCGCCUCCCCGCCCGGGGCUGAGGCUCCGCUGCGGGCAUUUGCUUCGGGCAGAGAUCCCCCCCAAAACAACCCCAAACCCGCGCGCUGCCGCCUGGCUCUGUAGCCGUCACCAAAAUAUUGCCCCGACCGCUGCAGGACGAAGGGACGGCGCAGAGUGCGCAGCUUCGUCCGGUCAUCGAGCGCGCUGAUGACACACGCUGUGAAUUAGCGGGGAAGCUCCUUGUCUCGGCGCACAUCCUCGCCAACAACAGCGUGAGGAGAAACUGGCAGGAGGGUUUUUUUCAAUAUAGGGACACCAAACUCACAUCAUUUCCCGAGUUUUAUAGCUUGAUCCUCGGCUGAGGCUUCCUCUCGUGCCCAGCUCUGCGUCGGAGGAACUGCCCCGGGAGGGACCGAUAGGCAAGAACCGCUCGCCGUUACGGAAACUUCCACGGAGGCACGGCCGAGUGCGAGAUAAAAGAUAAAAGUGCAGCAGUAAAAAUAAUUCCACGGUACUAAGGCGCCUGCUGGCAUUCCGAUGAAAGGGGGUUAUACAUGAAAAGAAUGUCGUACAAAUCGUCUUUCUCAAAACCGAACCUAACUUAAAACUAAACAAAAUCCCCUCCGCCGUUGUUCUUUAAUGAAAAUACUUGUUUUAAAGGUGGCUUUUUAUGUAACUCUCUGGCGUAUCUGGUGUCUGUGCUGCUCCCUCAUCCUUCCCUAAGCCAGCCUUUUGACAUAUUUCCAAGGAACAUAAGAAUGACAGAUCUGGUAUCCUGUGUUUCAUUUUUAAAAAUCGUUUUAAAAUACAGAUUUUUUUAUCCCUCAGAGGAAGGUUUCUGAUCUAGACGGCCGUGCCCAGGUUUCUGCUUCCCCAGCUGAGAUACACGCUAAGGAUAAAAGGGAAGGGUAUUCGGUGCCAGCGGCAGCAAGCGCCUGGGCUGCUGCUGCUCCCCGGGCGCCGGGGCUGUGACACUCAUCAUGCCACUGCCAAGCCGAGGAUCAGAUCCCAGCUCGGUACUUGGAGAUUCUGCUACACCACUGAAUCCCUUCCUGAAAUGUGGGCUUUAAAGGACUGUGAACUGAAGCUGAUAAAUGAAAAUGAUUUUUUUUUUCCCCUUCUCUCUGUGAACAUAAAGAACUUUUCUUGGUUGCAGUUGUCUUCUUCCACUCGAGCAAAUGGUAAACUGCAACACACAGUGAACCUUUCUGUCUGAAAGGCUCCCGAGGAUGAAGCAGGCAAACCCAGCAGGGAAGCGAGUGCGCUGCAUGCAUGCAGCCAUUAUUCAGAAAAAGCUGUCUGUUCACAUCCCUCCGUCACCGUCUCUUCAUUUGAAAGACUAACUACUUCCCUCUCCUCCUCUCCCCCUAGAAGAAAUGUUUUCUUCCCCAUUUCUUUUAAUGGCUAAGCAACGCAAUAGCAAAGGUAUUGAAACCCAGUCUACUGAAUAAUAACUUAAUGAUGUGAACCCUGUUCUGUUCCUUUUGAAUGGAUGGCUGCUUUAGCAAGAGAGCUGCUGGGAUCUGCUCCCUGCUGUGAGGGAUGAGGGUGGAGAAACCUGGAUUGAAGCUGAACGGCAACCAGAGUGGCAUAAAACUGAACCAGAAUGCAAGAAUGAGAAUCGGAGCACCUUGGAAUAGAUGUGAGUACAAGACUUUGCACCAGCUAAAGCUGCCUUGGAAAGCCAUGGCUGCCGCCCCUCAUCUCAACUCGGAUGCGCUCCGAGAGGUCCUGGAGUGCCCCAUUUGCAUGGAGUCCUUCACAGAGGAGCACCUGAGACCCAAGCUCUUGCACUGCGGGCACACCAUCUGCAAACAGUGCUUGGAGAAGCUCCUAGCAAACAGCAUUAAUGGGAUACGCUGCCCCUUUUGCAGCAAAAUCACACGGAUCACAAACUUAGCUCAGCUGACUGACAACCUUACUGUGCUGAAGAUCAUUGACACCGCCGGACUGGGGGAAGUGGUGGGUCUUCUCAUGUGCAAGGUCUGUGGGAGAAGGUUGCCCAGACACUUCUGCAAGAGCUGUAGCUUGGUUUUAUGUGAGCCGUGCAAGGAGACAUCACACGUACCCCAAGGGCAUAGAGUCAUUGCUAUCAAAGAGGCUGCCGAAGAGCGUAGGAGGGAAUUUGGGACAAGACUUGCCAGACUUCGGGAGCUCAUGGGUGAUCUGCAGAAAAGAAAAGCAUCCCUGGAGGGUGUUUCGAGAGACCUGCAAUCUAGAUACAAAGCAGUGCUGCAAGAUUACAGCAAAGAAGAGCGCAAGAUCCAGGAAGAACUGGCCAGGUCACGCAAGUUCUUCACCACCUCUUUGUCUGAAGUGGAGAAGGUAAACAAUCAGGUAACAGAAGUGCAGAUAAUGUCUCGCUGUGACUACUUCCUUGCCAAAAUAAAGCAGGGAGAUAUAGCUCUCCUGGAGGAGGCAGUGGAUGAGGAAGAACCAGAACUGACAAACAGUCUCCCAAGGGAGCUGACUCUUCAAGAGGUUGAACUCCUUAAGGUGAGCCACGUGGGACCAUUGCAGAUCGGGCAGGUGGUGAAGAAACCCCGGACCGUUAACAUGGAGGAAUCACUCAUGGAAACUGCAGCAUCCUCAUCGGCGUCAUUUAGGGAGCCUGACUUGGUGCAAGAAGAGGCCAGCUGCACACCAAACUCCUCACCAGCCAAGCCAAGGAUGCCUGAAGCAGCCACGAGCAUCCAGCAGUGUCACUUCAUCAAGAAGAUGGGCUCCAAGGGCAGCCUGCCAGGGAUGUUUAAUCUCCCUGUCAGCCUACACGUCACCCUGCAAGGCGAGGUGCUUGUGGCAGACCGAGGCAAUUUCAGAAUCCAGGUUUUUACCCGCAAGGGCUUUCUGAAGGAGAUCCGACGGAGCCCUAGCGGGAUUGAUAGUUUUGUAUUGAGUUUCCUUGGAGCAGACUUGCCCAAUUUGACUCCCCUUUCUGUCACCAUGAACUGCCACGGCCUGAUAGGUGUGACCGACAGCUACGAUAACUCUGUCAAAGUCUACACCAUGGAUGGCCAUUGCGUGGCGUGUCACCGGAGCCAGCUGAGCAAGCCCUGGGGCAUCGCCGCCCUGCCUUCUGGGCAGUUUGUAGUGACCGACGUGGAAGGAGGGAAACUCUGGUGUUUCACGGUGGACCGUGGCGUGGGGGUAGUGAAGUACAGCUGCUUAUGUAGCGCAGUGCGCCCCAAGUUUGUCACCUGCGAUGCUGAAGGGACCAUAUACUUUACUCAAGGGCUGGGGCUUAACCUGGAAAACCGGCAGUACGAACACCAUUUAGAAGGAGGCUUUUCAAUUGGCUCCGUCAGCCCAGAUGGACAGCUGGGACGCCAGAUUAGCCACUUCUUUUCCGAAAAUGAGGAUUUCAGGUGCAUCGCUGGCAUGUGUGUCGAUGCCAGGGGAGACCUCAUUGUUGCUGACAGCAGCCGUAAAGAAAUCCUGCAUUUUCCUAAAGGAGGUGGCUAUAAUAUCUUAAUCCGGGAAGGACUCACCUGUCCCGUCGGUAUUGCCAUUACUCCCAAAGGGCAGCUGCUGGUGCUGGACUGCUGGGAUCAUUGCAUUAAGAUCUACAGUUACCAUCUGAGAAGAUACUCCACCCCUUAAAGGCACGUCUCUAGGUUAAAGCCCCUUUUGGCAGCAGAGAUUCUUCCAGCCUUGUUGCAAUCUGAUGGGAACUGGCGUCAGGCGUUCAAGAAGAUUGUGCCAUAACCGAAAGGCGUUUGGCAGAGAGGCCGUCAAGUUUUGUGUGUAGAAACAAAAUAGCUUAUGUGGUGGUGGUCUGCUUUUUCUUCUUCUUUUUUGUAAAAAAUCCGCACAAUAAAAAAGAACAAGCGUGAGGGAAAGGAUCCAUCCUUCUGGAGUAUUGGUUCCUUGCUAAAUGACUGGUCACUCCAUAAACCUUCUCACCUCCUUUCGCCACAGCUCCUACACUUCCAGCUUCGACCAUUGUGUCUUUCUUUGUGCCAUAAACACUGACUGACUGCUCUAAAUCACCUUCCCUUAGAGGACUAGAGAGGCAAUCCUCUUUUUGCUGUGGUACUCGCAAGGAACUGGGUAGCAGUUGUCUGGGCAACUACUAGAGAAAGCAAUUUCUGAUUGCAACACUGCAUAAAACGAAAUAGCCCUCUUAAACUGCAGGGAGAUGGAGCUUUACUUUCAAACUGACGAGGGAGGGUUUUCUCUCUCUGUUUUACUGGUAUUCAGGAGAUCGCCCUGUCGUGCCAUUUGUGAACCGUGUCUGUUCAGUGUGAAGUGGGUACUGUGCAAUCAUGGGAGACUGCGCUGAGCCUGAGAACUGCCCUCUGAUGGCAACAGGGGUUUUGGUACUACUAAGAGUUCUGCUAGGUAGAAGGGGGUAAAA